UAACAGGAAUUGGUAGGAACUGGCUGGCUACUCGUUCGAACAAGUCCCAGUAGUAACAUCGACAGCGGUGGGUCAGUACAUAAAUCAGUGGUGCGCGAGAUAGAGACAGAGAGUGAGAGAAAGAGAGAAAGUGGGGGGAACCAAAGAAAUAGAGUGAGAGAGAGGGAAGCUCGACGCCCCAGGCGAGGCACAGUCGCGCGUAAGACCUCACUCGACGAGAGGGUUUCGAUCGUUGUAAUCGUUUCUCUCGUCGUUUCUUUACCUAUUAGGACUGUUCGGUAUACUUUACAAAGGAAAGAUACACAUAUACAUAUAUAUAUAUUAUAUAUAUAUAAAAGAGAAAGAGAGUAAUGGCGUUUUUGAGAACGGUGCCGCGAUGUUGCGCCGGUAAAAAGAUUUUUAAAUGCGUGCCACUCCCCGUGGUUGGAUUACGGGAUCAAAACGUCUCCGCUGCAUUGGUGCGAUUGAUCGAACGUGGAUAUGUCAGUACCGGUAGAGUGACCGGCAGCGUGCAGCAACCGGCGUCAGAUCAACCGAGACAGAUAGAUCCGCUCGAUUUGAAGUUUAACGACCCAGUUGCUGCUUUCAAGAGUAAAACCACCAUGGAGCUCGUAAGAGCGUACAUCGUAUAUCAAAUAUGUUCGAUUGAAUAUCUUGUCGAAAACAACAUGAAGUUUAUGAAAUUGGCGGAGAAAUUGCUCGGAGAAAAGCUCUUUACGAAAAUGAUGAAGGCAACGUUUUAUGGACACUUUGUAGCUGGUGAGGAUGAAGUACAAAUCACUCCGGUUCUCGACAGGUUGCGGCAAUUUGGGGUCAAGCCGAUUCUGGAUUAUUCCGUAGAGGAAGAUAUAUCACAGGAAGAAGCCGAGCGCCGAGAAAUACAGGCCUCUGUGUCGGAAGCAGGUGACGAGAAGACAGAGGGCCCGUUAAAGAAGUAUCACGUCGAAAAAUCGUUUGCCGAUCGUCGUUACAAAGUAUCUUCGGCUAGGACGUACUUUUACUUGAACGAAGCUUCCUGCGAACGGAAUAUGGAUAUUUUCAUUAGAUGUCUCGAAGCUGUUGCCGGUACUUCUAUGGGUGCCGGAAUCACGGCUGUUAAAUUGACAGCGCUCGGUCGUCCACAGCUUUUGCUUCAACUAUCUGAGGUAAUCAUGCGAGCGCGGCAGUAUAUGUCGGACGUCGUGGGUGGUGAGGGUGCUGUUUUGGCUCACCACGCAAAACCCGAUGAUUUUAAGAAAAAAUUCGAAGAGGCUCAUGUGAUGGAUGCGGCACCGGUACAAAAGUUCCUUGAAAAGAUUCAAUCGGAUAAAGAAGGUGUGAUUCACUUAUUCCCUUGGAGCGGAAUUCUGGACGAGAACUACGAGUUGAGCGAAACAUUUCAAGUUCCCGACAUAAAGACUGGAAAAAUGGUGAGACUUAUGUCACAACUGACGUCGAAGGAAGAGGAGAUGUUUAGGAAUAUGAUCAGACGACUAAACAAUCUUGUUACAGUCGCCGACAAGUUAAAUGUACGUAUUAUGAUAGACGCGGAGCAAACGUAUUUCCAGCCGGCAAUCUCAAGACUAACGUUGGAAAUGAUGCGCAAGUACAAUACAGAUAAGGCCGUGGUGUUCAAUACGUACCAGACAUAUCUGCAGGAAGCUUAUAACGAGGUAAAAACGGAUCUAGAACAGGCAGAACGUCAAAACUUUUAUUUUGGCGCGAAAAUCGUACGAGGUGCUUAUAUAGAGCAGGAAAGAGCAAGAGCCGCUGCUAUGGGUUAUCCGGACCCAACGAAUCCUUCAUAUGAAGCUACUACUGAAUCUUAUCACAAAACACUGAUGGAGUGUUUGAGGAGGAUGAAGCAGUAUAAAGAUAAGGGCGAAGACCCUAAGAAAAUAGGUAUUAUGGUUGCCUCGCAUAACGAAGACACCGUACGUUUUGCUAUAGAGAAAAUGAAGGAAAUCGGAAUCUCCCCAGAAGAUAAAGUUAUCUGCUUUGGUCAAUUAUUAGGAAUGUGUGAUUAUAUAACGUUUCCGUUAGGUCAAUCUGGUUAUUCGGCAUUUAAAUAUAUUCCUUAUGGACCAGUGAAGGAGGUACUACCGUAUCUUUCUCGACGUGCACAAGAAAAUAGGGGUAUAAUGAAGAAGAUUAAGAAGGAGAAACAAUUGCUGUUGAGUGAAAUAACGAGACGCUUGGUGAAAGGACAAAUAUUCUACAAACCUAAAGGCAAUUAUACUCCGGUCUGAGUAUUUCGUCCUAAUUAGUACAGAGAUAUACUCUAUCAAAUUCAAGUAGUGAUUGUAAAUUAUUGAAUCUCCAAGACCUUUAAUGGCACUUCGAAUCGAGAUAAUUGAAAUAACAUGGUAAAACUUGUGGUAUUUAAGAGCGAUGCGCGAGUGUGUGUGCGUGUGUGUAUGUAGCCAGAAAAGCAGGUAGUGUUUUCCUUACGUAAAAUUGCUUAUGUGUGCCCUCAAUAAAUGCAACUUGCUCGAUAUUGCACUAUUUGGCGUAAAGUUAUGUGCAUUAUUAUAGUUUUACCCGCAUUGCAAAAAGCUAUCAGCUUUGGUUAUUGCUAUGAUUAUUGCUAACGCGAUCAAACGCCCAUCGAAUGUCCAUCUUCAAGUAUCGCAGCUCCAUUAUCUGCUGUUAUGUUCGAGAUAUCGAAAUUAUAUUUUUCUUCUUUGAAA